CUCCACCACACAAGCCGAUCAAGAUGGUUUUUAUCGUCUCCGCACUCUACAAAAAGACCGAGAACUUCAAGCUCGACUACUACAAAGACCACCACAUGCCUCUCGCAAUGGAGAGAUUCAAGUCCUUUGGACUCAAGUCAUACAAGAUUUCAGAGCUCAAUUCGGAAGUAUCGCAAGGUUACGCUGUACAUACCAUCAUGGAGUGGGACAGUGAAGAGGGCAUGAUGAAAGGCUUUGCCGAGCAUGGACAGGAGAUGAGGGAUGACUUAGACAACUUCUCGGAUGUCGAACCAGUGGGACUUCAACCGUCAACAUCAUUGGAGUGACUGCAGUAAUGGCAAUGUCGCCACACACUGGUGAACGCAACGCGACCGGCAUGCUUAAGCUGAG